AUGUUAAAUUAUACUUGCUACUACUUGGAUGGCGUAACUCUACUACAUUGUGCUGGUGAAUCUGGCAAAGUUGAAAUGCUUGAGUUUUGGAUUAACAGAGGAGAGUAUGAUGUGAAUGCUAAAGAUAAAAGCAACAGAACUCCAUUGUUUACUGCUGUUAAGAGUGGUAGCAUUGAAGUUGUUGAUGUUCUAUUAACUAAUGGAUCUAGAACUGAUGUUGUGGAUAAAUGUUGUACUACUCCAUUACACUUUGCUAGUGAAACUGGUAAUGGUAAUAUUAUCAAAUUAUUAAUAACUAAAGGAAAUGCUGAUGUGAAUGCUAUAGAUGAGGAUGAUGGCAGCACUCCAUUACAUUGUGCUAGUGAAACUGGUAAUGACAAAAUUAUCAAACUAUUAAUAACUAAAGGAAAAGCUGAUGUGAAUGCUAUAGAUAAGGAUGGUGAAACUCUACUACAUUGUGCUAGUAAAUCUGGUAAAGUUGGAAUGCUUGAAUUUUGUAUUAAGAACGGAGAUCGUGAUGUAAAUGUUAAAAACAAAGAUGAUUGCAGCACUAUUACUCCAUUACACUGUGCUAGUGAAUCUGGUAAUGCUAAAAUUAUCGAAUUAUUAAUAACUAAAGGAAAAGCUGAUGUGAAUGCUGUGGAUAAGGUAUUAAAACAACAGAACUCCAUUGUUUAA